CUUUAUUUUAUUUCAUAUAUCUGAGUUUAAAUUUAUUAUUUUUGAAUAUUUUAACUUUAAUACUUUAAAAUCGCAUAAAUGAUAGGCUAUAGUUACUAAGAUUUAUUUUAAAAUCAUGUCAGAGUAUACGAGGAAGAGAGCAACUUUGCUCGUAAAGCCGCAAUGGGAUGCCGUUGCCAAACAUGAAUCCAAAGGUUCAUUUGCCCUGGUUGAGCAUACAACAUCUAGCAAUAACAAUAAUACCACUUUAUCUUUACAAUAUGACCCCGAAGGGAGACCUAUGUAUGAGCAAGUGAUAACCCAGAAUGUUAGAAAGGGGAAGAUUACAUACACUAAGCCUUCCGACCAGAAGGAAAAGAGUUUUACCAGUGAUCAGUUGGUUAGGCCAUCUGAUGAAACAGUUAAGGAGAAUUUAGAAAAGACUAAAGAAGCCCUUCAAAUGGCUCUUAGUUCUCGGACAGUUCAAACAGUUACAAAAAGUGAAUCUGAAGUCUUCAGAUACACUCCAAACCAAAAAAGCGAUGUCGGCCAGAGAUUAAUUAAAAUGACGACUAAAGUAAUUGAUCCUUUGGAACCCUCGAAUAUUCGUCACAAGAAGAUGCCUGCUAACCCACCGAGUCCCCCACCUCCAGUACUCCAUUCUCCACCAAGAAAACUUACCAAGGAGGAUCAGAUGAACUGGAAGAUCCCGCCCUGUGUCAGUAACUGGAAGAACCAGAAAGGAUACACACUCCCAAUAGAUAAAAGAGUCCAGGCGGAUGGCAGGAGACUUAGGGAAGUUGUAAUUAAUGAUAAGUUUGCCUCACUUUCAGAAUCUCUCUUCAUUGCUGAAAGAACGGCCAGAGAAGAAGUCAGGAUGAGGAAUGAGAUAAUUAGGGAGGAGAAGCUGAAGGAGGCUAAGAAAAGGGAGGAGGAGCUCCGUGAACUGGCUGCCAAGGCUAGAGAGGAACGACACCAACUAUACUCCAAGUCACACUCUAAAGACGAUUCUAAGGAUCGUGACCGUCGCAGGAGGCAUAAGGAUAGAGACAGUGACGAGGAGAGGGAGGAGCUUUUAAGAAUUGAAGCUGAGAGGAGGAGGGAACUUGAGCGUGAAUGGCGCAUUGAGAAGAACAUUAAGAAACGGAGAACUGGGGAGAGAGACAUCAGUGAAAAAAUUGCUCUUGGUCAGGCUAAACCUACCAAGAUCACAGAUUUAUACGACACCAGACUUUUACAAGGAGAUGCUGGAAUCUCAUCCGGAUUUGAUGGAGGGGAUGAUGAAGGUUAUAACAUCUACGAUAAGCCUUUGUUUGCUGACAGGAGUACUGCUAAUAUUUAUCAACAUUCUAAGGAACGAUUCCAGAAAUCCACCGGUGAUGUGAAUGUGGCGAGUUUUGCGAAUGCUGAUCGUGGAGUGCAGAGGAAUACGCCGGUGGAGUUUGUGAAGGACUCGGACCCAUUUGGCUUUGAAAAGUUACUUGAGAAAGUCAAGAAGACUUAAUGUAUUAAUGUUUACAA